AUGUCAAUGGCCGCCCCUCGUCCCUUCGCCAACCCCUACUAUCCCUCGUCCCCUGGUCCCGCCACUGCCUCCUCUCUGGGCUACUCGCAAUAUGGUUCCGGGUCCUUUGCUGGCGGCGGGCCCAGCAGGCAGCUGUCAAUAUCUUCCUCUGCCUAUGGGCCAUCAGCCGGGCCGCCCUCAAGGAGUGGGAGCGGAAAUGCUGUGAUCAAGGCAUCAGAGAAGAGAGGAGAAAGCAGAGAGGUGGCAAGGGUGCAUUGGAAGGCCCUCAAGGAGUUUUUGGCGUCGUGGAUCGCUCGAGAAUCGCCAUCGGCCAGAGCCUCUGCUCGUGAAAAGCUGACACGACUCACAAAGCUCCAAUUCCAAGAGCUGUCGACGGAUGUCUAUGACGAGCUGAUGAGAAGGAUAGCUACAGAGACAGGCGAAGGGGCUACUGCCCCAUUCUUACCCGUUCGUGAAGACUUUCACCCGAAACGCAACCAAGCGCGCCAGAAACUCGCCACCCUUCCGAGUAACAGAUUCAAAGAUCUCGCUAGCGACGUCUUUUACGAGCUCAAACGGCGAUUCCCUGAAUUUGAGCGAGAACAGGGGCAGCCGCAACAAUAUGAAGAGCCGCCUGCCCCUGGCCCUCGGCCCUCCAUGUCUCAAAGUAACGCUCAGCAAUCUCUUUCCUACUCUUCCCAACGGGGCAUUGCCGAGACACCCCCUCCCGCCCUCAUUGCUCGAAAUGCUUCGAGCAACUCCUUGAGCAACUCUUUGCACCAGCGGCAAGGCUCGCGGCAGAUGUCGGCCAGUACACAUCGAUCGAGACCUUCCAACGACCGCAAUAACUCUCGGGAACCGGAGCCGGAACCUGAAGAGGAGUUUUUGGAUGAUAACGGGUACGACGACCGUCGCCCGCAGGCAAAUGCUGCCACGAACGACAUUGUCGUUCCAAGCAAAAGCCGACUCAGGGAGGAGGAGAUCGAAGUGCCGUAUGCUCGGGAUAGCACAAUGGAUGUGUUCAGGCAAAGUGUGGCGUCGAGGGGGGAGAGUGGACGCGGGUCCGGGUACGGGAGAGACAGUCAGGCGUCGUAUGGUAUGUCCCCAUCGGCAUCAUUCACUGGAGAAGAUUUCAGGAGAAAUGCUCCCCGAAAUGCGGAAUUGUUGCCUGAAAGAGAGUAUGUCUCGGACACUCAAAAUACAUCCAAAAGUCUGCGAAACGAAGAGGCCGAGAGAAAGCUUCGAGACGAGUACGAGUACAGACUGGAAACUCUGGAUAAAAAGGUUGCUGCCGCCGAGAGGGAAAGGGAUGAGGCGCGUAGGGCCGAAGUGCAAGAGAGAGAUAUGCGUUUAGAAUGGGAGGACCAAGUUCAAAAAUUGAAAGAGCAGACAAACACCCACUCUUCCUCUUUGCGCGCGCUACAACAUGACCUCGACCUCGCUAGGGACGAGACCGAGGGUGCGAGACAAAGAGCUGAAAAGGCAAAUGCGAAUGCAGAUGAAGAGGUGGCUCAGUGGAGAGAGAGAUCGGAGCAGCUGGAAGAUGAGUGUAGAAGGUUGGAAGAGGAGAAAGUGUCCUUGGAAGAUGAGCUGGCGCGAAGUGGACAGGGCCAGGCUGUAGGUAAUAUUCGAGACGAACUGCAGUCUCUAGUGGAUGAGCUCAACUCUCUUUCCCUGCGCAACGAGGACCUAUUGACUGAACGCGAAAAUGACGCGAUGCGUUUGAGCGAUAUGGAGGCCAAGGUAUCCGAGUACAAGCGCAAAUACGAUGCUGUAAGGGUCGAGCUGCGAAAUCUGAAAGCCACUUCUACGAUGUUUGCUACUUUCUCCAAGCCGAUCACCGAUGACCAUCUACCGGCAUCUCCAGAUGGCAAUAUUCUGGAUAUCAACGUCUCGGCAUUUCAAAGCUCCGUGGACAACUUGCUAUCCUCGAGCCCAUCCGGCGUACUUCCAGCCAUGAAGGCAAUUGUCGAAGCUAUUACCGCCAUCGGCGAGGACGUCAAGGGUUUCGAAGCCAAUCCCAACAUUGACGUAGACGUCUCCCGCCUCGAAUCCCUCAAGUACGAAUCUACCACCCGUCUCAAUAAUCUCAUGCAGGCCGCCCGAAACCAUGCGAUGGCUUCCGGUCUCUCCCCCGUGUCGCUGCUUGAUGCCGCUGCUGGCCAUCUCAGCACAAAUGUCGUCGAAAUCAUCAAGCUGCUGAAAAUAAAGAGGAGCGACAAGGAUUUAAAGAGGAGCAGUAGUCGAUUGAGCAUCAGGGAUAUGGUAAACAGGGACAGAGAAAGGGAUAGGGCGAAUGAGACCUGGGAUGCCAACUACAGGUCUGAGAGCAGAUCGGGGCGGCGAGCUGAGGCAUCUGAUGAGCGAGGACCUGGUGUCAGGGUCACCCGACCUUCUGUCGACAGAUCGCAGAGUGGCCGCGCUCCCUCGAGGUCUGGAUCAGCGAGUGGGAUGAGGUAUGAGCCUUCAAGGGCGGCGACGCCUACGGAGGCGGUUUCUACGACCCUCAACAGCUCAGGUCCUCCUAGUUCGUACAGAUCACCCCCUUCCAGCUCGAGCUACAACAAUCCCACCUCUGUUUCUCCCUCACUCUCCAACGCCUCCCCGCCUCCUGCUCCUUUGCGAGCCCAGAAUGACCAGGGAAGGCCCAACCUUCGGAUAAAUUCCUAUCAAUCUGUCUCUUCCAAUGCCCGAUCAGACUCAUUUGAUCUUGAGCGCAAAUCGUCCAUCCUGACCGAGAGGUCACCUUCCGCUCGUGUUGAGCCGCGUAAUGCGCCGACUCCUAUGGAGAUGACUCGUGAAGAUGAUGCCCGCGAGAGGGAAAGUCUGGGGUCGACGGGUACGGCAAGCAGCAGUGGCGGACCCAUGACCACCCCUGGCUCUACCCGUCCUUUUGGUUCUGUCGAGGUGAAGCAGGCCGAGUCGGACGACGAUGGGCGAGAAUGGGAAGAUCUCAAGCCGUACCUGAAUGCCCAGUCAUCGGCUUUGGUCAAUUCGAUCCAGAACCUCCUCGCUGCUAUCCGAACAAAUUCGUCACCCGCCGCUCUGAACGAACAUCUUUCAGAAGUCAUCGCCAUAGCGUCAUCCAUUGUGGCAGUCUCGACCAAUGCCUUGCCUGGGUCAUUGAGGGGACAGGGGGAUGCGUUAUUGAAAGAGCUGGUGAGCAAUACAGACAAGCUGAGUGAGGCGCAGGAGGCGGGGCAGCAGGAUGGGCAGGCAGGGGUGUUUGAGAAAGCCGUGAGGCAGCAGAUCGCGAGCGCCAGUUUCGGGGUGGCGAAGAGUCUGAAAGCUUUGAUGAAGUUGGGGACCAACAGUGAUUAG